CCUGAACGUGGGCGGAAGGAGAGUGGCUGAAGGCAGGAAGCAUGGCGGCGAUGGAGGCGGUGGCUGAUCCAGACUCGCUGCGGCUCUUCCUCGGCCUCGGGCUGAGCGAGAGCAAGGCCCGGGAAACCCUCCGCAACGAGGCACUCUCCGCGUCCCUCCGGCAGGCAGCCCUACAGGCACAAAGUCUCCUUGGUUCAGCGGUUGACAAGACAGUGGGCAUCCUGUUAUAUAGUGUGGCCUCUCGACUUAAAGACCCAAAGCAUCUUGGCUUCCUGGUGGAGUACAUCGCUACCAAGAAAAUUGUUACAGAUCUGCAGAUCAAUGCUGCUCUGGAGUACAUUAAAAGCCACCCUGUGGAAACCAUUGACCCAGCAGACUUUGACCGCGUCUGUGGCGUUGGCGUGGUCGUGACACCAGAACAGAUAGAAGAGGCGGUAGAAGCUGUCAUCAGCAAACACCAAGCUCAGCUCCUUUCAGAGCGUUACCGUUUCAACAUGGGACUUCUGAUGGGAGAGGCACGGAGCAAGCUGAAGUGGGCCGAUGGGAAAAUAAUUAAAAAUGAAGUGGAUCUGCAGGUCCUCCACUUAUUGGGCCCAAAGACAGAAGCUGAUCUGGAAAAGAAAACCAAGACCCCAAAGGUCCGUGCGGCAGAGCCAGACAAGAAAGGGAAGGUGGCUGUGGUGGAAAAUGGUGAUGUGUACCAAGAGACCAAAUCCCUCAUGGAACAGCUGAGGGGUGAAGCCCUCAAAUUCCAUAAGCCAGGUGAGAACUACAAAACUGAAGGCUAUGUAGUCACGCCCAACACCAUGAACCUCCUGAAGCAGCAUCUGGAGAUUACGGGUGGACAGGUGCGCACACGAUUCCCACCUGAGCCCAACGGUAUCCUGCACAUUGGUCAUGCCAAAGCAAUCAAUUUCAACUUCGGUUUUGCCAAGGCAAAUGGUGGAAUUUGCUUCCUGCGCUAUGAUGACACAAAUCCUGAAAAAGAGGAAGAGAAGUACUUUACAGCCAUCCGUGACAUCGUGGAAUGGUUAGGAUACACUCCUUAUGCAGUGACACAUGCCUCUGACUACUUUGACCAGUUGUAUGCCUGGGCUGUGGAUCUCAUCCGGAGGGGACAUGCUUAUGUUUGCCACCAGAAGGUGGAAGAAAUCAAAGGACACAACCCACCUCCCUCCCCAUGGCGAGAUCGGCCGAUUGAAGAGUCGCUCCUGCUUUUUGAGGACAUGCGUAAAGGGAAGUUUGCUGAGGGUGAGGCCACACUGCGCAUGAAGUUGGUAAUGGAGGAUGGAAAGAUGGACCCUGUUGCUUACCGCAUCAAAUACACCCCACACCACCGCACUGGGGACAAAUGGUGCAUCUACCCCACCUAUGACUACACACACUGCCUCUGUGACUCCCUGGAGAACAUCACUCACUCGCUCUGUACCAAAGAAUUUCAGGCAAGACGCUCCUCCUAUUUCUGGCUCUGCAAUGCCCUGGAUGUCUACUGCCCUGUGCAGUGGGAAUAUGGGCGCCUCAAUCUCCUCUACACAGUUGUCUCCAAACGGAAGAUCAUCCGCCUCGUUGAGGCAGGGGCAGUCAGGGACUGGGACGACCCACGGCUCUUUACGUUGACAGCUCUGCGGCGCCGAGGUUUUCCUGCAGAGGCCAUCAGCAACUUCUGUGCUAAGGUGGGUGUGACGGUUGCUCAAUGCACCAUGGAGCCCCACAUGCUGGACGCCUGUGUACGGGAGGUGCUGAAUGAACAGGCGCCGCGGGCUAUGGCUGUGUUGGAGCCACUGCGAGUGACCAUCAUCAAUUUUCCUGAAGACCACAAAACCAUUGAUGUCCUUGUACCCAAUUUCCCUGCGGAUGAGACCAAAGGUUUCCACAAAGUCCCCUUCCAGCCGACUGUCUUCAUUGAGCAGAGUGACUUCCGUGAGGUUCCAGAUAAAGGCUACAAACGCCUUGCGCCUGGUCAGCCAGUGGGUCUGAGGCAUACGGGGUAUGUCAUUUCUGUCCAGAACAUUAUUAAGGACAGUGAUGGAUGUAUACGAGAGCUUGAGGUGACUUGCACCAAGUCAGAGGCAGCAGAGAAGCCCAAGGCCUUUAUCCACUGGGUGUCAGAUCCUCUUGUUUGUGAGGUUCGACAGUAUGAGCGCCUGUUUCUGCACAAGAAUCCAGAAGAUCCUGCAGAGGUGCCAGGGGGAUUCCUGAGUGAUGUUAAUCCUGAUUCUCUCAGUGUGAUUGAGAAGGCUCUGGUGGACAGAUCAGUGAGUGGCGCUAAACCAUUUACCAAAUUCCAGUUUGAGCGUCUAGGUUAUUUCUCUGUAGAUCCUGACACAACAAAUGCAAAGCUUGUGUUCAACCGGACAGUGACCCUAAAGGAAGAUCCUGGAAAGGUGUGAGAAAGUUUCCGCAGUUGGUUUCUGGUUAUCCACAAAGUGGAUCUGGAGUCGCUUCCCCUGCUUAGACAGGGGCGAUGGUGGCGUGCAUCACCUGCACACUUGUCUGCUGUAGAGCCACAAUUGCCUUAAUAUGCAUCCUGGAUAGAGACCUAUUGCCUCAAAUUAAAAAAAGAGCCUCCAAA